AUGACAUUUAAUUUCUUUAAUGUUCGCAAGCUUUAUACUAAGGCUGCAUUGUAUAAAAAUGUUCAGUUAACUAAAGAAAGAUUUCCUAAUUUAAAAAGAGGAUCAUAUGGUAUUGUAGACUCUACAGAUAUUGAAUUUUUCAAAAACCUUUUAGGUGUUACCAAUUUUAUAACUGGUGAAGAAGUAAAAUCUUACAACGAAGAUUGGUUAAAAUCUGUUUCUGGUUUCAGUAAGUAUGUGCUUAAACCAAAAACAACUGAACAAGUAUCAACGAUUCUCAAAUAUUGUUAUAAGCGCAGUAUAGCAGUCUGUAUACAAGGUGGCAAUACCGGUCUUGUUGGAGGUAGUGUUCCUGUUUUUGAUGAAGUAAUUUUAUCCACUUCUGCAAUGAAUUCAAUUAUUAGCUUUAAUAAAUUAUCAGGUGUUUUGGUAUGCCAGGCUGGAUGUGUAUUAGAAAAUUUGAUGAAUUAUGUUCAAAGCGAAGGGUUUAUAAUGCCAUUUGAUUUGGGCGCAAAAGGCACCUGUCAGAUUGGAGGUAAUUUAGCAACCAAUGCUGGAGGUUUAAGAUUAAUUAAAUAUGGAAGUCUACACGGAAGCGUAUUAGGAUUACAAGCGGUUUUGGCUGAUGGACAAAUUUUAGAUUGUCUUAAUACAUUAAAAAAAGACAAUACAGGAUAUCAUUUGAAGCAUUUGUUUAUUGGUUCUGAAGGAACAUUGGGAGUUAUUACAAAAAUUGCUAUUCAAUGUCCAAACACCCCAAAAUUUGUUAAUGUAUCAUUUAUUGGCUUAGAAUCAUUUGAUAAAGUAUUAAGUUUCUUCUCGUUAGUACGAAAAGAAUUUUCUGCUAGUCUUUCAUCAUUUGAACUAAUGGACGCUGUAGCAAUAAAAAGUGUGCAAAAAAAUAUUGGCAUUAAGUGUCCAAUAAAUGACAAUCUGAAAUUUUACGUUCUUGUAGAAUUAUCAGGUGAUAAUAAUUAUAUCAGUCAUUCCAUUCAAGAAUUUUUAGAAAAAGCUCUAGAUGAAAACUUAAUUUUAGAUGCUACUGUAGCAGACCAACCAUCACUAAUUCAAAAUUUAUGGAAAAUAAGAGAAAAUAUUCCUGAGAGUUUAUUAAGAUAUGGAUAUGUCUAUAAAUAUGAUAUAACUUUACCUCAUGAGUUAUUUUAUGAGAUUGUGCCUGAAAUAAGGAAACGAUUAAAACAUUUAGAUGUUAAAGCUGUUUGUGGCUAUGGACAUUUAGGUGAUGGAAAUUUACAUUUAAAUGUGGCUACAAUUGAACAUAAUGUUGAAAUAGCUUCGGCCAUUGAACCUUAUGUAUAUGAAUGGACUAGUAAAUACAAAGGAAGUAUAAGUGCUGAACAUGGAAUUGGAUUUUUAAAAAGAAAAUAUUUAAAAUAUUCAAAAUCCAAUUUAGAAAUAGAUCUAAUGAAAAAAUUAAAAAAUACUAUUGAUCCAAAGAAAAUCUUAAAUCCGUACAAGAUUUUUCCGCAAGAUGAGAUUAAUUGA